CUAUCUCAGUCAGUUCUGCCACUUCUCACGAAGCAGUAGCUAUGGAGAUGGCUGACAAGCCCUCAGAUCAUAUAUACGAGAACAUGGCCAUCAAGCAGCCACGAGCCCAGAGACCCGAGGCACAGCAAAAGGUAUCAAGGAGUUCUGAUCCUUCAACCGCUUCCUGUGGCUGGGCUGUGUGGCUUCUUACAGCUCUGAGCUGCCUGCUACUGGCAGUCAGUAUUGCCCUGGGGGUGCUCUACUUCAGAACACGUAAAGACUACCAUGAAACCAGCUUCAGCCUGGAUCAGAUAACUGCAGAGCACCACAACCUGAGCAAAACUGUUGCAGACUGGAAGAAGAACGGUUGUAACAUGUGUCCAAAGAACUGGGUGCUGUUCAAUGACAUGUGUUACUACUUCUCACUGGACAAACUGACCUGGAAUUCAAGCCGGGAUGCCUGCAUUUCUGCUGGGGGAGACCUGGUGACUAUACAGAGCUCACAGGAGCAGGCAUUCUUAAAGCAACAGAUCAAUGCACUCCACUGGGUUGGACUCACUGAUGUGGUAACAGAAGGGGACUGGCGCUGGUUGGACAACACGCCUCUAAAUGAGAGUACAACAUCCUGGGGCAAACCGCCUGAUGACUGGAAAGCAGAGGACCCGACUGGGGAAGAUUGUGCACUUUUGAGUGACACUGGCCUUUAUGAUGUAUCCUGUGGAAAGAAAUACGAAUGCAUCUGUGAAAAAGUAGCACCUAUAAUAUGAAAGCAAUUGCCUGACAUCAGUAUUCACAGUGCUGUGGCAGCAGAACGUAAUCUGGCAUUCAUUCAUCAUUCACAUCCUUGAUAAAUCACUUCUGUUGUAGAUAGGAAAAAAAAAAAUUAACUCCCUCAUAAAAACCAGCCUACAACUCCCCCAGCGCACUGCUGACCGUGUAUCUGUAUUGAAAUGCGCUUCAGCUGUCUUCAUUUUCUAGUUGUGAUUUGUAAGUUUACACCUGGUGGUCAAGACCUGCAUUUGUGAUUUUGAUCUUAAAACUCCAGCACUUCUUUUUUUUUAUUGAUCAGUCCAGUAUCUAUAGGUCCCAAGUUUGUCCAGACUGUUUGUAGCGGAUGAUGACGUUUUGGACAUUAAUUAAUCUGACCUCAAUUAUUCCAUUUAAAAUCAAAGAAAACAACAAAAUGGGUUUAUUAAAAAUGAUCUAAUUUGCAACUUGAAAACCCAUCAAGGAAUGGAGUGUACAUACCAUCAGGUGCUGAUAAUGAUAAACUGCAGUUUUUUUUUUUUUACAUAAACCUAAAACAGUUUAA